AUUCAGUUGACUUGAUCUAAUGCAUUCCAAAUUCAAGUUGGUGAUAACACUCUAUUUAAUCAUCGUCCGGUUAGUGCCCCUCAAUGUAGCUGAUGAUAUACUAACAGCAUCCAGGUUUCCUGCCCCCCACAUUGGUGACUAUGUACCCAGUGCCUGUUGGAACUUCACCUACGGCAACCAGCAAGGUUUACAAGAGUUCUACAGCCCAAACUUCCCCAAUAACUACGACAAUGGCACCACAUGUACACAAGUUUUAGCAGCCCCACCAGGCUUUGUCAUCAAACUUGAAUUUCAAUUUUUUAAAAUUGAGCCAUCAUACGACUGUGAAUACGAUUACCUUGAGAUCCAUGAUGGACCGUAUGGGUACUCUCCUCUCAUUGGACGAUUUUGUGGUGCCAAGCCUCCGCCAUUGAUUAAGUCCACAUCCCAGUUUAUGUGGAUCCAUUUUGAGACAGAUGGUACCAUCGAGUACAAGGGAUUUCAGGCUGUGUAUGAAUUUGUAAACCAGCCAAACACAGCACCAAGACUAGAUGCAGGCCAUGUAGCAUUCUGUCGUCUGCCAGUUGCUACAGAUUUCUACCAAGAUGGUAACCUGACCAUAAAGGACCUUCCCCCAGGGCUGGUGGUGAAUGCCUGGAAUGGCACUGAAGACAUGGACUGCACAUGGGAAAUAUUUGUCAGACCAGGACAGAGAGUCCAUCUGAAAGUUAGUUCUUUUGAAAUGAAGAACCCUCUGGAAUGUUCACUGAAUUUUCUGGAAAUAUAUGAUAGGACGACAAGCAACCAUCACAGGGAACGUCAGUUCUGCACUCCAUCUUCAGGAGAGUACAAAUCUGGAAGUAACAGAGUGUACUUACGUUUCCACUUACACAGGAACAUCAUAAGUGAAUUUAAAGUGGAUUAUACUAUAUUUGAAUACGGUCCAUGCAGGGACAGCCUGUUUGACUGUGGAGACCAGACCUGUAUAAGCCCUACCUUGAAGUGUAAUGGCAGGAUUAACUGUAACUUCUCCUAUGAUGAAAUGAAGUGUAAAAAAGAGGAAGACAGCCUUACAACUCCACUAGAAAUGAAAUACCAUGCUGUGAUACUGGGAGUGGUUGGAGGUUUACUAGUUAUCAUAGUGGCAGUAUCCAUUUGUCUCACAGUAAGACAUAGGCGUGAGGAGGCCAGGCUUCGGCAAAAAUUACGUGAACGAGUUGUAUUAGACCCAGUGGAGAUUCAGAAGCUACUGCUGACAAACAUGAAUGAGGUUAUUGUCCCAAAUACUCCAACUGGGCUGCUAGAUGAGGAGAGUGCACUAAAAGUUUCAAGACGUUUUCACAGUGAUGACAUUACAGCUGUUAAGCGGAAUGGUGUCUUUCAUAUCUCUCUGGGAAACCCAUCCUCACAAACAUCCAGUAGAGGGCGAGGUAACCAAGAGGAGCUGGUCCCAGAAAAAGAUGACUCUGAUUAUGAAACUGAAGAAAUGGCAUGUGGGAAUAAAUAUGAGAGCUCUGAGAGCAUCUCAAGAAUACUUGAUGAAGCAAAUGGCAAUGGAUCUUCAAGAAACGCAACUCCUCGCAAAGUUCCAACUGUUGUGUGUAUAGAAACACCACCAAGACAGGCUUCUCUAGAUAAAGCUGUCAGUGAUCCCAUGUUAAGUACAACAUCAUCUGUUAUAUCAAAUAACACACAGAGAACAAGCCCUAGCCCCCCACCUCCACCUCUUCCUUCAACACAGUUGCCCCAAUCACAAAGUGGUAAUAACAGUAACCGCCAAAGUCCAGCACGCAGUCCUGGUCGAGGUGGAAGGCGGCGAAGGCGAAGUAAGAAAAGUGACAGAAAUAGAGUUGAUGCAAAAAAUAAUCCAGAGGUUAUAGCAAUGAUCACUUUAAAUGACCAGGAUGUUCAAAAGGAUUCACAGCAAGGACCCACUACUUCUACUCCCAAACAGACAUCUCUUCCUGACAAAAAGCAAAGCAAUAAGUAUGACAAUCCUAGACUGAAACUCAGUGAUAAUCACAGAAGGCAAGGUCCACCAAGUCCAAAGCCUGAUGUGGUACAGGACGAAAGAGUUUGGGAACGAAGCAGGGGCAAUGUAACAAUACCAAACACAACAACCGAUGCCGAUGUAACAGUUCGCGCGCCACCUACAUCACAGAGCUUAAAACAAUCUCACUCUGGACAGCCAGUGUGA